UCUACACCCUGCUCGCAUCAUUACACAUUCAUGAGAUUGGCACGCCCCGGGACUCACUCCCCCUACCAUCUGUUGGAUAAAAGCAGGUUGAAGAUGAGGACAGUACAGCUUGGACAAACUUGAAGGAAAGCAGAAGACUUCUAUCUCCCACGCAAAACUUCACAGUAAGAGCAGAACAGAGGUUUUUUUUUCGAACAAAAACAAAAACAAACAAAACAUGAUUUUGGCUGGAUUUUUCGCACAUUCUUGGUUACUUGCACUACUGACUCUUGAUUGUGCCAAACUUGGAGGUACCCAGAAUUUUAGCUCUCUGCAGGAGCCUGACGUCCCUUUCCCUCCUGCACGCCCAACCCUACAGAAUCUUGCUGCCAUAUGUCACUAUGGACAGAGUCGCCCCCGGUAUCCACCUAGCUUCUUUCCACGCUCUGGUGUCAGUUUUUUCCGGCGCUGUGGAAAAGCCAUCAAUCGUUUGGAGUCUUGGUACAGCAUGUGCUGCAGUGGAGAAGUCGCCCAGCAAAAUGUCCAGAUCCUGUGCUGUGCUCAGCAAGCUUGGCAGAAUGCACUCUCCGUGUUCUGUGUCGAAGAGUUUGCCGUAAUGACCAGGGCAUACCCGUGCUGCAGGAAGAGUGGAGAGGCCAGGUGGAGCUGCUUUAACGAUGAACUCCCAAACCCCUUUUACGAGCCCACUGCAGGCUACAUGGCCCCCCAGAUGCCUCAUGAACCAGGGUUCACCUGGAAGCCAAACACAUGUUAGAGGCCACAUGACUACAAUAUUUUGUAUCACCUGAGCUUUUGUCUAAAAAACACCUCAUGUUUAAUCUAAUGAUUGAUUAGUAUUUCUGGACUGACUUUAUUUGGAUGGUAUAUUAAAAGGUUGGGGUUAGAGAUAAUAAGUGUGUUGAUUAGAGAUAGUAAGUGUGUUGAUUAAAGUUGAUCUGUACACCUAGGGAGACUAUGCUAUCCUUAUUAGUUACCUUUUCUGUGUAAUUUUCAUGUUUGCACUGCUUCUUUUCUUGCCACUGAAAAAUACAAAUAUUAUGCAAAACCU